CAAUGGCCGUACUUAUGUCGCUGUCGCUGCCUCUGCGGGAUGCCCUGCGGAUGCUGCCCCUUGGGCCGGGCACUUGGAUAGCCGUUCGGUCGCGAGAAGAGGGCUCCACCCGUACGCCAUGAGGAGUCGACGUGGGCUUUGGGGUUGGGACGAUAGAACCCGGAGUUCGUGCGGCUUGCCGGCCGGUCCGGAACGACUGCGCCGGAUAGGGCUCGAGUCGGCAGUCUCCAGCUCUCGUUUCCGGGUUCGGGACCACGCGCCCUGGGCGCACACCAGCGUUAUCCACGGCGCCGGUUACUCGGCCGUUGACUGGGAUGCCGGGCGGGGGGUCCUCAUCGCUGGCAGAAAGAACGGCGGGCUUGCAGUGAUGAUGACCGGGGCCCCGAUGAAUGUCGGCGACGGGGGUGGUGGUGAUGCCCCGCUUCGGGGGUUCGCUCCACGGUGGGGCGGGGUUCGGAAAGUGGAGGAGCGCGUGCUCUUGACAGCUGCAUCAACACGCUGGAGGAGCCAGGUUUCCGACAUCAAGUUCCGUGGACACGCAGAGGAAUGGGCCUGCGCGACAGCGUCGUUGGGCGGCGGUGGCCAGCCAGGCGGGGUGACUGCAAGGUUUUGGACCGGACGUGGGGAUUUGGUUAACGUUUUUUCCGAGGCGCGCCUGGUCGAUCAACAGCUGCACCGGGGCUCCGCCUGGUGCACGGAGUGGGACCCCUUAACCCCGGCGAGACUGGCCAUCGGGCCGAGCACCUGCAGCCCCGUGGUGUUCUUCGACGUAGAUCAGCAGCGACCGAUACCGAUAGCCAAGUUGUCGGGGGACGUCUUCUCCAUGUCCUUCCUGCCCGCCGCCGCCCCGGGCGCCGGCAGCGCGCUCGUCUGCGGCCUGCGCGACGGCACCGUUGUCCUCGUCGACUCCCGACAGCCGUAUCACCACGGGACCGCGGCCGCCGCCGGGACCCUGCUGGCCCCCCGAGCGGACCCCUCCUCUGUAGACCACACGCACAUCCUGCGCGACGGGACACGGUGCCUCGUCAAGGACCGCUCGGGCUGUUUGCAGGUCACCGAUCUGCGGUUCUCCGGGCAUAGGGGGGGGGCGCUGGAGGUCCUGGUUCCGCCCGGGGGGCAAGGGAAGCGGGCGCCUUGGCCAGCGAAGUUCGCCUUGGACGCAACGGAGACCGUAGUCGCGACGCCGGUAGCGGCGGCAGCGGCGGCAGCGGACGGCGGUGCCGGCGCUGCCAACGUAGUCGGCGGCGGCGAGCGCUUCCCACCUCAACCCCAUGCUUGGGAAAGGUUUACCUCUUCGAGUAUCGACGGCCUCCCAAACGGUAUCGGCGGGAGCAUCUACGACGUCAGGAACGAUCACGGCGGCGGGUACGGCGCCGAGCCGGUGCCUGCGGAGGGGGACAGCGUGCGACUGCUGAACGUGUCUUCGGGGGAAGUGCUUAACGACAUCCAGACUCCCUGGCCGUGGGUGUCACUCGCGAGGGGAGCAGGAGCAACGGUAGGCGGUCGGGAGGGCGGCGGCGGCGGCGACUGCUGUCGCCGCGAAGAGGUCCGGUUUUGGGGGACAGCGUUGGCACCCGGGCGCGGAGCUGCUGUGUUUGAGGCUCGCAUGACCACGUCUGAGGAUGGAUACGGGCGGGAACAACGAAGUGGUACAACUCAGCUAAAUGCGUAGCUCGGCAGGGUGCUACGUGAUGCCCCUCCUUGUCCAUUUAUCGCGGGUGAGACCGCUCGCAAUGGUAUAUGCCAGCGUCAGCGGCGUACCCCCGCUGGAAGCUGGGUCGUGAAGGACAUACGGAGUAAUUUGGACCAAAAGCACAACAGGUGUCAAGACCAGCCUGGCGAGGGGAUACUUCCUUCCCUACGUUGCAAAAGCAUUAGCCACAAGAACGCGUGUGGGUCAGUGAGGUCGGUACGCGGAAGGUACAUAUGUGUAGACCCCGGGGUGUCGCUGGAAAUAGUGCAUGUGAAACAGUGCCAAUAUCCAGAGAGGACAGUGGGGAAAGCGCCAGUCGAAUAUACGCGCUUAGUCUAUGUGUUCGUCAGGUGGAAACUUGCCGGGAAUUGAACACUUGUGGUGUCCAGCCCGGCGCCACAGACGGCUGCAGCGCUCAGGCCGAAGAGCUCGCUGCUCUAUGUACGAUGUACACGACAUGCGUUGAAGAGGGUACACGAUGGGUAUUUUGGUAGCGGACUAUUUCAGUUGUCUUUAGCGCAUGUCUCGUUGGCAGCUUGUCCCACCCCCUUCCGAAAAGGGUUUUCCAUACCGAAGGCCCCCUCAAUAACCGCAGCAGUAGCGCUCCGCAUCUGCUGCAGUGCCCCAAGUUGAGAGGCCCAUGAGGUUCACACCGUCAUGGUCGAUGUAACCCUACGUUUACAGUCAUGGUAGCGGAGCUGCUGCAGUUGUUCGCACGAAGCCGGCGCCACAAAGAACACCACCGCCGCUGCUUGUGCGUUGGACGCCUACUAAUAUCUUCUUGUUCGAAUGCAUGAUGACCAGAUAAAGCUGCACGUGACUUGCCCUGCAUGCAAAGUUGUCCACUAAAUUGGGGGGGGUCGCGCAACAGCUGAAGUUGGAUUCAUCAGUCUUCGGGCCUUCCUUGAGUACCAAGUCUGUGUUGAUACGCCCAAAUAUUCUGAGCACGAGUCUACAAUUUUCGGAACAUG